AGUUCUUUUAGCUAUGUAAGCAGACUCGCAUACCCGGAAUUUUCGCUAAACCCGUUGUUUCUUAAAACAAAACGGCUCCGCCUCCAGGCUCCGCGAGCUAUACAAACAAAAAAAGGAUUUGGAUGGCCCCGAAACUUUGAACUGCUACAACGUGUCCUAGUUUGGAAGAAUUAUCGGAAACAAUGGCGGAAACUUUUGACGGUUUAACACUGCAAGUUAACGGAGAAACUGCUGACGUUACCUGGAAACAGAUCGCAGAUAUGAUCGGUUACAACGCAUCAGAGAUAAAAGAACUAAAGGAGACGGGGGAACAUACCAAAAACGCUGUUAAUAUCUCAUGGAUGAUGAUGGCAACCACCUUAGUCUUCAUCAUGCAGGCUGGGUUCACAAUGGUUGAAGUGGGUUCUGUUCGGAUAAAGAACACAAAAAGUAUUCUAGUAAAGAACCUUCUGGAUGCAUGUGUGGGAAGCGUUAUGUUCUAUAUCUACGGGUGGGCCUUCUCAUUCGGCAAGGGCAACGCUUUUUUAGGAUACAACGGGUUCGUUUUGAUGUCAGGAUUUAACAGAGACGGAACUGAAAUUGUGGACCCCUACCAAUACGCUCUGUGGACCUUUCAAUACACGUUCUGUGCAACAGCUUCUACAAUCGUAUCAGGAGCUGUAGCAGAGAGGACCCAACUAUUUGCAUAUCUGGUUUACACAUUCUUCCUUGUGACAGUAAUCUACCCGCCGGUAGCUCAUUCGAUCUGGACGGAUGAAGGGUGGGCCAGCCCAUACAACCCUAACCCCCUAUUUGGUGUUGGAGCUAUAGACUUCGCAGGGGGUGUGGUGGUACACGUGGUGGGAGGGACUUGUGCUCUUAUUGGAAGUAUUCUCGUCGGUCCUAGACAGGGCAGGUUCGUGAAGAAUAGCAAGAUCGUCAAGCAGAAUGCUGUCUUCCAGGUUUUAGGAACACUGCUACUCUGGUUCGGUUGGUACGGGUUUAAUUGUGGCUCCACGAUGGGUCUAGGCGAGAACCUGUCCAACUCUGCUGCAAAGAUCGGAGUAGCUACCACUCUCUCAGCUUCCUCCUCUGGAACUACAACUAUCCUUCUCAACUUCUUCCUGGAUAGAAGGUUUGAUCCGGCAGUCGUUUGUAACGGGAUAUUAGCAGGGCUCGUCAGUAUCACAGGAGGGUGUGCAGUGGUGGAGCCUUACGGUGCCUUUAUCAUCGGAGUUAUUGGAGCUCACGUUUACUACUUCGGCUCAAAGUUACUGGUAAACUUGAAGAUAGAUGACGUGGUAGAUGCCAGUCCUGUUCAUCUUGGUUGUGGUAUUUGGGGAGCCAUAGCAACAACAUUCUUUUGUCAUCCCAUAACGUUUCGUGACUCUUUCAGUAAAAUCACUAAUGUUGACAACGGAUACGGGGUGUUUUACGAUGGAGCAAAAGGUGGAAAACUCCUUGGUGCUAACUUGGUGUUCCUCAUUGCCGCCAUUAGCUACGUCUCUGCCAUCGCCGCCCCAAUGUUCUUCGUUCUCAAGAUGCUGCGACUGUUGCGUAUAAACAAUAUUGAGGAGAACAAGGGACAAGAUAAAGUCAUGCACGGUGGUGUUGCGUACGAGAACCCUACUGCUAAUUCAAAUAGUUCCAUAAAGUCCGUAACCAAGACGUAAGUGCUUCAAUGUCAAUUACAAGUUGAGGUUGGAAAGUGGACUUUGAGGGCAGCGUUAACAAGCUGCAUCAUUGAUCAUCCAUUUCUUUUAUGUACUUUUUGCCCAAUCAAGGGGCUGGCAAGGCGAUGUAAUCAUACAACUUUGCUAAGACUAUGCUUGUUUUACAAUGCAUGUACAAAUUUGUUUCUUUCACUUUUUUGAGAUGUUGUAAAAGUGUGCCACCGGUUUCUAUAACCCCAAACAGACACAAUCCUUUCCGCCCAAAACGGGUAUUAUUUAUUAGUUUUCUAACAGUAACCAGCUGUCUCGCUCUUUUGGAAUCCUUUUGUGUUACCCGAUAUUCGUGCGCUGCAGCCUGCUACUAGACAUUAGGAACGGGUAUUAGUUUCAACCCAAAAUUUAUGUACAUCUCAAGCUUUAUUUUUUAGAGAAAUUAUGUUUGAAUGUGAUUUUAUUGUGACAAUUCGUGACUUUCUGAUUGAUAUAAUUAUCUGGUUGUUUCAUAGUUACAAGUUUUUAUGUGAAUUGUAAAUGCAUCACAUUUUUGAUUCUGAGGUUGAUUU